UGUCCUCUCGUUUGCAAUGAAAUAUAUUAGAAAGCAAAGCAUGGCUCAAUGAAAGUGGUAUUCCAACGUAGAAAACCAUAGAAUCUCUCUUUUUAAAAGAUUCAUUCAUUCACCAACACGAAGAAGAAGAAAGUUUUCUCUUUGGGUUUUCCCUUCUGUUUCCACCAUAGAAUGUGAAGAAGAAAGAAGAAGAAGCAAAGUUGUAUAACUUGAAGGCUUUUUCAAAGAUAUUUGUUUCCAUAACGUGAACCUGAUUUUCAUCAACCUGGGAUUGCCACAUUAGGCAACCUUAACUGCAAGCUAAAUCAUCAAAGAUUGAAGAAACUCUCCGCCAUUAUCGAGAAACACAUUCAGAUUAUUGUGAAGCUGCGGUUUAAAUGGCAAAAGUUUGUUGGCCGUACUUUGAUCCCGAGUAUGAGAACCUGAGUAUCAGAAUCAAUCCUCCAAGCAGGGUGUCCGUUGAUAACAAGAGUUGCAGCAACUGUACCGUCGUAAAAGUUGACAGCGUGAAUUUAUUGCUGGAAGUUGCGCAAAUACUAACAGACCUUGAUUUCAUGGAUGGCGGGGCUGUGGAUGAUCCGAACAGACUGUCUAUUAUGGAGGAGCAGCUUAAGCACAUCCUACGUGGUUGUGAGGACAAUGACAAUAUUGCUCGUACCAGCUUCUCCAUGGGAUUCACACAUAUCGACCGCCGGCUUCAUCAAAUGCUGUUUGCAGAUAGGGAUUAUGAAGGUGGUGAAGUGACAACGGAGUUGGACUAUCCUCCAUCCUUCAAGCCAAAGAUCACAAUCGAGCCUUGUGAGGAGAAAGGGUACUCAGUUGUUAGUGUCCGGUGCAAAGAUCGAGCUAAGCUCAUGUUUGACAUUGUCUGCACACUCACGGACAUGCAAUAUGUAGUUUUUCAUGCUAACAUAUCAUCCAAUGGUUCCCAUGCUUCACGGGAAUAUUUUAUUCGCCACAUGGACGGCUGCAUACUCGAUACUGAAGGAGAGAAAGAAAGGGCCGUUAAAUGUCUUGAAGCCGCAAUUCAUAGAAGAGUAAGCGAGGGUUUAAGCCUGGAGCUUUACGCAAAGGACAGAGUCGGUUUGUUGUCCGAAGUAACAAGGAUUCUCGGAGAGAACGGAUUGUCCGUUCGAAGAGCAGAGGUCUCAACGGUCGGGGAGAAAUCAGUGAGCGUCUUCUACGUGAGAGAUGCUUACUGUAAUCCAGUGGAUGCGAAGACGAUCGAAGCACUUAGUAAAGAAAUCGGACACAUGAUGAUGCUUAACGUGAAGAAGGAUCCGGCAAGUAGGAAAGCAGCCGAGGCCGAGAGCAGUGGAUGGUAUAAAACAAGCUUCUUCUUUGGGAACUAACUGGAAAAAUUCAUGGGUUGGUAAGGGUAAAAGAUCAACAUCACAGAGAUCAUGAACUGUAUAGAAUAAUGCACUUCAACCAUGGGAAAAACUUGUGAAUUGUGAAGCUUGGACUUUGAUUCUUCCUCUUAAUCUUCAUUUACAAGAUACUUGUGCUUGUAACUUAUUCGGUUUCGGCAUAAAAAAUCAUCAAUUCGAA